CAAGAUGGAUAUCUAUCCUUACUUCUUCUUUUUAUAUAAAUGGAACAUUGUUGACACCUAUUCCUCACACACCGGACACAGGUCUUUCAAUAAUCAACCUUCAGUGCCGGUAGAAAAAAGUGACAAUAGAGAAGUGACAACAGUGAAAGGUCUAAAGAUAACCGUCGACGAAUUCAUAAAUCGCACUAAGUUGAUCGUAGCGCACAUAAAGAAAUUUCAAAAAGAUGCACAGGAUGCUGUUCCUAAUUUCCCUCAAAAUGUUGAAAAAGCCAACUUCGACACAUACCUUUUGUUUAAAUUCGUAAUGAUGAUACAUCAAUGGACCUCCGAUGUAAUAGUCCUAAAUACUGUCGGCAAAUCAUAUUACGAGGAGAUCUUAAAGCUUCCAAAAAGAUGUGUACCCCAUCAGGUACAGACUAACUACACACUGCAAGAUCGUAUAGUAAUGUCCUCUGAUAUCAUAAGCACCAUUGAAGCGAUCCAAAAUCGAUCUCAUACGAAAUCAAAGGAAUUAUCGGAGAAAAAGGGCUACGACACAAUGAAACGUAAUUCGAGAAAGGCCGAACUGCUUAUAAAACUUAUUAAAUCAAUCGUAUUUGAAUUAAACGAGAAUCUAAAAUCUAAGGAAACUAUAAUAUCGUCACGUCUCAAUAAGGACAUAUUGAUGCUUCAAUUGUUCGCAUAUAAAUGGGUCCUUAAUAUACGUUAUCCGAAUAUCCGCAAAAAAUCUGUCAAUAAGAAAUCCCAGCCUCCACUGAAAGAUGAGUCUUCAUUGCCCAUGGAUAAAAAUGAUAACGGACCGACAGAUCAGGAGAAAAACGCCGCAGAUAUCUUGAAGCGCGAGAGUAGAUCGUCGACGACCGAGGGCAUCGAUGCUUCUACUAAAACGGAGUGCGAAUUCAAACAAAUCAUACAUCACACAUUAGAAAUGAAGCUAUUCACUUUCGCAAUGAUAUCACAUGAGUGGUUUACUUAUGAGGACA